AUGCAGCUGCUGUUGGUCCUACUGGGGGUCCUGCUGGGGGCACCCGGGGCUCCAGCUUUGUCGUUUGAGGCCUCUGAGGAAACGGAGCUGGAGCCCUGCCUGGCCCCCAGCCCGGAGCAGCAAGAGCAGGAGCUGACGGUGGCCCUUGGGCAGCCUGUGCGGUUAUGCUGCGGGCGGGCUGAGCGCAGUGGCCACUGGUACAAGGAGGGCAGUCGCCUGACACCUGCUGGCCGGGUACGAGGCUGGAGAGGCCGCUUGGAGAUUGCCAGCUUCCUACCCGAGGAUGCUGGCCAGUACCUCUGCCUGGCACGAGGUUCCUUGCUUCUGCAGAACGUCACCUUGGUUGUGGACGACUCCAUGACCUCCAGCAAUGGCGAUGAGGACCCCAGGAUCCACAGGGGCCCCUUGAAUGGGCACAUUUACCCCCAGCAAGCACCCUACUGGACGCACCCCCAGCGCAUGGAGAAGAAACUGCAUGCGGUGCCUGCCGGGAACACCGUCAAGUUCCGCUGUCCAGCUGCAGGCAACCCCACGCCCACCAUCCGUUGGCUCAAGGAUGGACAGGACUUCCACGGGGAGCAUCGCAUUGGAGGCAUUCGGCUGCGCCAUCAGCACUGGAGCCUGGUGAUGGAAAGCGUGGUGCCCUCUGACCGUGGCACGUACACCUGCCUCGUGGAGAAUUCCUUGGGCAGCAUCCGCUACAGCUACCUACUGGACGUGCUGGAGCGGUCCCCGCACCGGCCCAUCCUGCAGGCAGGGCUCCCGGCCAACACCACGGCUGUGGUGGGCAGUGACGUGGAGCUGCUCUGCAAGGUGUACAGUGACGCCCAGCCCCACAUCCAGUGGCUGAAGCACAUCGUCAUCAACGGCAGCAGCUUCGGUGCUGACGGCUUCCCCUAUGUGCAAGUCUUAAAGACAGCGGACAUCAAUAGCUCAGAGGUGGAGGUCUUGUACCUUCGGAAUGUGUCUGCUGAGGAUGCAGGCGAGUACACCUGCCUGGCGGGCAACUCCAUCGGCCUUUCCUACCAGUCGGCCUGGCUCACGGUGCUGCCAGAGGAGGACCUCACAUGGACAGCGACAGCACCCGAAGGCAGGUACACGGAUAUCAUCCUGUACUCAUCAGGCUCUCUGGCUUUGAUCGUAUUCCUGCUGCUGGUCGGGCUAUAUCGCAGGCAGAUGCUCCUCACCCGACACCACCGACAGCCCGCCACCGUGCAGAAGUUGUCUCGCUUCCCUCUGGCCCGACAGUUCUCGCUGGAGUCAGGCUCCUCAGCCAAGUCAAGCUUGUCCCUGGUGCGGGGUGUCCGUCUCUCCUCCAGCGGCCCCCCCUUGCUCGCUGGCCUCGUGAGUCUCGACCUGCCUCUUGACCCACUCUGGGAGUUCCCCCGGGACAGGCUGGUGCUGGGAAAGCCUCUGGGCGAGGGCUGCUUUGGGCAGGUGGUGUGUGCAGAGGCCUUCGGCAUGGACCCCACCCGGCCGGACCAAGCCAGCACGGUGGCCGUCAAGAUGCUUAAGGACAAUGCCUCCGACAAGGACUUGGCAGACCUGGUCUCUGAGAUGGAGGUGAUGAAGCUGAUUGGCCGACACAAGAACAUUAUCAACCUGCUGGGUGUCUGCACUCAGGAAGGGCCCUUGUACGUGAUUGUGGAGUGUGCUGCCAAGGGCAACCUGCGGGAGUUCCUACGGGCCCGCCGCCCCCCAGGCCCCGACCUCAGCCCUGACGGGCCUCGGAGCAGCGAGGGGCCACUCUCCUUCCCUGCCCUGGUCUCCUGCGCCUACCAGGUGGCCCGGGGCAUGCAGUACCUGGAGUCACGGAAGUGCAUCCACCGGGACCUGGCUGCCCGCAAUGUGCUGGUGACCGAGGACAACGUGAUGAAGAUUGCCGACUUCGGGCUGGCCCGUGGCAUCCACCACAUUGACUACUACAAGAAAACUAGCAACGGCCGCCUGCCUGUCAAGUGGAUGGCACCAGAGGCCUUGUUUGACAGAGUCUACACACACCAGAGUGAUGUGUGGUCGUUUGGAAUCCUGCUGUGGGAGAUCUUCACCCUCGGGGGCUCCCCAUACCCUGGCAUCCCCGUGGAGGAGCUGUUCUCGCUGCUACGAGAGGGGCAUCGGAUGGACCGGCCCCCACACUGCCCCCCAGAGCUGUACGGGCUGAUGCGCGAGUGCUGGCAUGCAGCACCCUCUCAGAGGCCCACUUUCAAGCAACUGGUGGAGGCGCUGGACAAGGUCCUGCUGGCCGUCUCUGAGGAGUACCUCGACCUCCGCCUAACCUUCGGACCCUACUCCCCUGCCGGCGGGGACGCCAGCAGCACCUGCUCCUCUAGCGACUCUGUCUUCAGCCACGAUCCCCUGCCACUGAGGCCCAGCUCCUUCUCCUUCCCCGGGGUGCAGACGUGA